AUGCUGACUCUCUGGGCCAUGGCCAUCAUGUUAGCCAUCGAGGCAAGAGCCCUUAACCUGCUGAACCAAGGCCAAUUGCUGGGAAACCUUCCUAUCCCAGCAUUCCCUGUGCCCAUCCUCAAUAAUCUUUCCAUUUGUAUGCCAAGGAAACAGUCCUCCAGAAGUCUGCCAAUCCCAGAAAAACUUCCACUCAGGAAACAAACAUCUGGGGCUGUAGGAGGCAGGUGCCAACCCGUGGCCAAGUACUUCAUAUCAAACAGCAAGCUCGAAGACUAUCUGAAUGCCACUCUGCUCCCGCAGAUUGAGAUGAUGCUGAAGUGUGAGAAGGUUAACAUGGCUGGUGUGCUUGGAACACUGUUAUCCACAGUGGGUGACUCCGGCCUACUGUCUGUGUUAGACAUCACAUCAUCCCUAGAUAUACUUGGAAGUGGUGGCCUUGGUAGUAUCUUAGGCAAGAGAGGCAGCAGCAAGUCCCUGAAGCUCCCAUUGUCAGAAGUCACUGGUGCCAUCAGUAACCUGCUACCUCUGGGUCAAGAGGGUCUGGGCAGCCUGCUACCCACUGGUGCACACAAGAAUCCUGGAAAAGGACUCCUUGAUAGCACUGGUCUCUCCAACCUCCAGCUACCCCUGAAUGAUGUGGCCAACAAAAUUGGUGAGCUCAAAGAAUCCACUGAGAGUGUGCUGAACAGUGCCCUGUCACCAGAUGUAAAUGAGGCACUCACGGCCCUGCUGGGCAAUAUUAAUGUGGAAGAGCUUUUGCUGGGAUUAAUGGUUCAAAAAGUGACUGUAGAGAGCAUGAAGUUGACAAUGGAAAGCAAUGAGAUCCAAGCAGACGCCAAAAUUACCGCCUUCAUCGGAGGAAAAGGCAUAAUUGGACCUGUACUAAGCAUACUGGGAUUUCAAGUGGAAGGGGAUGUGUCCAUGAAAAUUGGCAUUUCCACAGACAACACCCAAUGUGUCAAUCUCCUGGUCCAGGAAAAAGCCAUCAAGGCCAAAAAAGUGGAUCUUCAGAUAGUGCAGACGGUCACAGAGUCUUUGCCUUUGCCUAUCCCUUUGUAUCUGCCCUUGGAUGACAUCAUUCCUCAACUGUUGACAGUAAAUAUGAAUGAGAACAUUGAAGAACCAAACUCCUGUGCCAUCAUUCUCGAUGAUUUCAACGAUUGCGAGAAUUCUACUGGCUUGUUCAAGUACUACAUUAAAAGCUCCAGGAUUUCCGAAGAAGGUCUUUCAACACUCUACUGUGCCAAAGCCAACUUUAACAAAAAUACAGUCCCUGUGCCUGGAAGUUCUCUCCCUCCAGAUCCUAAAAAUGCCAACAUUUCCAUAACUCUGUCCCACACACUGCUCAGGGCAAUUGUCACUUACAUUGUCAAGCAGAGCUCCGUCAAGAAUCUGACCCUCUCUCAUGACAUCAAGAUUUCAAAAAACAAACUGACUACAGACAUCAGGCUUUUCAGCUCUGAAAACAGUGUGACACCCCCUGAGGCUAUGGACGAGGUGCAAGAUGUGAUGGCUGAAGUUCUGAAGAAGCUCUAUUCUGGCCUAGCUGAAAAUAUAAAACAGUGGAAUAUACCACCAGGAGUAAUCUCAAGCCUUCUAAAGAAUGCCAAGGUUUUAGUGCUUCAGACGGGAAAGCAGCUGCACAGCACCCGGAUACUCUGCCCGAUCUGUCCCCUGUAA